AUCAUACAUUGAUCAUGCUCUCCCUUCGUUCUCUUAUCAUUAUUUUCGGUCUUCUGGCUGUUGCCUUGGCAUGUGCCCCACAUAUGCCAAAGAGAGAGGUUCAACACGGAUACUGCAAGUUCUACGUUGAUGGAAAGAGUGACACUUCGGAUGCUCGUAAGAAGAGAGAUUCUGGAAGUGGAUCCGGAUCUGGAGAAGGAGGAAAGGGUGGUGGUAAGAAGUACAACCGUUCCAAGAAGAGAAAGGACACCAAAUGUUACGAGUAUGAAGAUGGAACCAAGGAUGAGGGAGCUGUUCUCAAUGAAGGAGUUACUUAUGAAGUCACUAUCACCAAGAAGACAUAAGCUAUCUGUUUUAGCUUUAUUUGUUGUUUGUAUAUAAGUUCUAAAUUAGUAUUUAUUAUUAUGUGUUGAUCUUUAGUCAGUAUGAAAAUGAAAACAUCUUGUUCUUAUCCCUUGAACACAUUAGCACUUGGGUUGUCAAUCGAGGGAAAGUAGUCAAGUUGUUACAUAUCAAGCUGAUUAUGGCGAUAAAG